ACAUCAUUCCCUCGACCGCGCGCGGUCGCUCCCGCCUCGCCAGCCCUGUCUCCGCCCGCCGCGAACACUAGCGCGUCGAUAUUGAACAAUCGCAUCAGCAUUCUGGCCCAUGACGUCCAGCUCCAUCGCUCUUCGGCAGGUCCUUCGCGCCCGCGCCCGCCUACGCGUCGCUGUCCUCCUCGCCCAUAAACCAGGCGCAGUAGGGCCCUACCAAGUCUUCGACAGGUAUGCGAAGCGGCUGCAGAAAGACAACUCUGCUCUGCGAGAAGGGGGUGCGCGAAGUAGGACUGUCGACUAUGUGCGGGACGAGGUCGCAGACCGUAUGAUUGAGCGCAUGCUGGACAUCAAGCGCAAGUUCAGCUCUAUCCUGGAUGUGGGCUCGGGACCUGGGCAUUUCUCCAAGAUGCUAGAGCCUGAAACCACCCAAAAGGUUGUCAUGCUUGACUCGAGCAAGGAACUGCUUCAUCGUGACCCAGAUACUGCAUUCGAAGUCGAAGUCGAGCGAAUACAUGCAGACGAAGAGAAUAUCCUCGGCGUCGUCGGGCCAAAUUCACAAGAGGCAAUCGUCUCAUGUCUAAGCCUGCACUGGGUAAAUGACCUACCAGGCGUACUCGUACAGAUCAAGGAAGCUCUACAACCCGACGGGGUUUUCCUGGCUGCUCUCUUCGGAGGCGACACAUUAUUCGAGCUACGAACUGCUCUGCAACUGGCAGAAAUGGAACGUGAGGGUGGUAUCUCUCCGCACGUAUCGCCCAUGACAGACUCACGGGACAUGUCGAAUCUUCUUGGUCGUGCUGGGUUUACGCUCUUGACUGUCGACGUUGAAGAAGUAAAGGUUGCUUACCCCUCGAUAUGGGAACUCAUGGACGACCUGCGUGACAUGGGCGAGAGCAACGCUGUUAUUGGCAGACGGAACUACAUCCACCGAGACACUCUUGCGGCGGCGUCUGCGAUCUAUAAAGAGCUUCACGGAUACGAGAACGGUACUAUCCCAGCAACCUUCCAAGUCAUAUACGUGAUUGGUUGGAAGCCGUCGCCGAAGCAACCCACACCGCUCGAGAGAGGGUCGGGUAAGACGAACCUGAAGGAAAUCUUAUGAGCUGUUGUCCGUGCACGAUGUGUAUUGUUGUUACUUGGCUCGCAUCUAUCGGACAGGAGUAUAUCGCGGCCGGCCUGGAUCCAGUGCGAGACUGCGAGUUUGUAGUGCCGCUGCACACUUUGGGGCUUCCGGGACCUGUCCGGGCCGGCACCACGAUGCACGAGCGAUCGAACCUAAGUUAGUGUGCCCCGCAAGCUGUGA